AUGGCACAAAGUCAAGUAUCAUGCGGAGAUUGCACCUUCACAAUCUCCGCGGACGGAGUGUUGACAAGACAAGCUGCUUGCGGCACAGGAUGCACCUCGUUGGACUUAUACAGCAAGCGAAUAUCUCAGAUCUCGGACCCCGACGUUUUCAAGGGACUGACUCAGCUUCAAUACCUUGGGUUGGCUGGCAACUCCCUUACGAGUUUGCCAUCAGGAGUCUUCGACGGCCUCACCAGCAUAACAUCCCUGAACCUGCGAAUCAACAGACUCACGUCAUUGCCAGCAGCAGUGUUCGACCAGCUUGUCAAACUUGAGUAUCUCUACCUAGACAACAACCGGCUCACCAGCCUUGCAGCAAGAGUUUUCGAUGCCAACUCGAAGCUAUGGAUGCUAUGGAUCUACAACAAUGACCUUACGAGCCUGCCGGCAGGGUUGUUCAACAAUCUUUCACGGCUUAACAUAUUGUAUCUUCAAGGCAACCAGAUCUCAUCACUUCCUUCAAGGCUCUUCGACCAUCUCUCAAGGAUGCCGUCACUGAGCCUUCUUGAUCUAUCUUACAAUGACUUGACGGAGAUACCGGCUGGGGUGUUUGACAGCCUUACCCAAGUAUUUAAUUUGUUCUUUCUUUGGAACAAGCUGUCAGCUCUACCUCCGGGUGUCUUCAACAACAACAAGAACCUUGCAUACCUUCGGCUUGGAGGUAACAUGCUCCAGUCGCUACCAGCUGGAUUGUUCGAUAAUCUUUCAAACCUUAACGAAGCCUCUCUGUACUACAACAAGCUUGAGAGCCUUCCGGACAGGCUCUUUGACAGUCUGACAAGGCUGCGUUACAUCGACCUUUAUGGAAAU